AUGGUGUUAGAUGAAAUCCAUCUACUUGGAACUUAUAAUAAGCAAAGUUAUGGGCAUCCUUUAGAAGUUAGCUUUUGGAGUAAACUAACUUUAAAAUGGUUAACUCCAUACAUAAAAGGUGCUUCUAAUAGUAAAUUAUUGUAUCCUUCUAAUUUUCCUAAAAUAUUAGAAGGGGAUUCAACAUUAAAAUGGGCUGACUUGUUAGAAGAAGAAAUAAUUAGACAAUAUAAUAGAAAUUAUUCACAUAAAAAAGAAUUUAAAGUACAUUUAUUUCAAGCUUUAUUUAAUAUUCUGAAAGUUCCUUUAUUUGUAAUGUUUUUAAUGAAAUUAUUAUUGGAAUUUUUGGGUAUUAUAGUUGCAGAUUUACUUCGAAGGAGCUUGGAGGUUAUAGAAAUUACAUAUAAUGGAAAUCUUAAGGGCUCUGAAUACAAUAGUAAUGUGAAUUAUGGCAUAAUUCUAGCAAUAAUAAUAAUUUGUUUGCAAUUUUUGAUGAUUUUAUUAUCUACACAAUUGGGUUUUUUUAUUUGUCGUCAAACUAUUAGGCUACAAGGAAGCAUCACUCAUGUACUUUAUAGAUCUAUUUUAGCAAGUGGGAGAAUUUAUGCAAGUAAUUACAAUUGGCAUAAUAAUAAAUAUAUUGAUGAAGAUAUACCUAAUAUUUAUAAUUACAUUUUAAUUGAUAUGAAUUGUACAACAAAACUUAUGGUUUCGAUUGUAGAUAUACUAAUUAUCCCAUGUAGACUUUGUUUAGUUUGUUUUUCACUUAAAAGAGCUAUGGGUAGUUCUUUAAUAUCUAACAAAAUCAUGCUUAGUGUUACUUUACUUGCUUGUUCAGUUAUGGUUUCUGAAUUAUGUAGAGCUUUUUUAAAACAGAGAUAUUUGUUAUCAAGAGAUACAAGAUUAUCAUUACUGAAUGAUAUAAUGAAUAGUAUUUCAUCUAUUAAACUUUUAGGAUGGGAAGUAAUCGCAUAUUGGCUUAUAAACAAAGCUAGAAUAAUUGAAAUAUGGAUUAGAUCAGCUUAUAUACCUUUUCAAUCAUUUUCUUCAGUGAUAUACUCUAUAGCCAAUAUAAUUACUCAAUACAUUUUACUAAGAACAGCCUUAAUUGUAUCAUUAACUUAUUACUUAGACUUUUCUCCUAGUGUAAUUAUUCCUACAUAUUAUUUACUAGAUAUGGCUUCUCAGAGAUUAUCAGACCUACCUGUAAUAAUAGCUACUAUUAUAGAAGGAAUGAAUUCUGCCUAUAGAAUGGAGUUAAUAUAUAAGAAGAUUUUAUAUUCAAGUGCUUGUGUUAAUAAGUUGAGUGGGGAAGUUUUUUAUGAUAAAUAUAAAACUAGAGAUUUGAUCCAGGAUAAUCCUGUAUUUUUAAGAGAUAUUAAGAUUCGAAUUCAGAUUCCAAAUCAAGAUAUUAAUAUCAAGAAGUUUACUGUUGAACGUGGUUCUAUUUCACUUAUUGAAGACUGUUGUCCUACAUUAUUACCUAUUUUUGUGCAAGUAAUUUUAGGUUAUCAUAAUUAUGAGGCUUUAAACAACAAUUCUCUUGUAGUGUUGAAACAUCUAGAAAAUAAUGCUUCAGUGCUUUGGUGUCCCAGUGAGCCAUGGAUUCCUUGUGGAACUAUUAAAUCUAUAAUAACAUUUGGUUCUCCUUUUUGUAAAACUAUAUAUGAAAAAGUUCUUUCCAUAUGUGAAUUAAAUACUGAUAUUGAGAACUGGAUAGAGAAAGAUGGUAGAUUUAUAGAUAAUAGGCAAAGUCUAAGUGGAGGUCAAGCUGCUCGUCUUGGUUUGGCUCGAGCAGUUUAUAAAUUCUGUUUUGAUAAUAAAUACCAUUAUAAUAAUUCACAACUAAUUAUUUUAGAGAAUACUUUGCAAUCAGUAGAUCUUUCAGUAUCACUAAAGAUCCUUCACCAUCUUUUUAUUGAUAAAGAUGCAGUAUUUAAUGGUGCUAGUGUCAUACUAAUACUAACUCAAGACCUUAUAAGAUACUUUGAUCGAAUGCUGCUUAAUAGUUCUCAAGAAAUAAAUAAAACAAAGUUUACUAGUAUUAAACAUUAUGUAUUUACAAAAUUUGGAAUUAUUGAUAACCCUACAAUUUAUUGUGAAAAUUUAUCUAACUUGGAUUCUAUAUCAGAAUAUAAUCAUAAUUCCGGAAAUUCAGUUGAUAAAUUCUUUUUUAGAUAUGAAAGUUUAGAUGAAUCCAUAAUGUCCAAUGAUACCUUUCCUCUUUUAGAGAAAAUAAAUGAAUAUGGAUCUGUUAGCUCAAGUACUUAUAAGAGAUAUUUUGAUGGAGUUAACAAACCAAUGUUAUUUAUUGUUGUCCUCGGAGUUUUUCUUUUAGUAUUGAGUACUUUAAUUGUUCAAUUUGGUUUAGCUUAUACUCUUGAAAUAAUUCCUAAGUAUUCUGAGGAUAAUGGAAAUAGUUUUAAUACAACUAAUCCAACACUUAUUCAAGGUAAUGCUCCCAUGACUGUUAUUUCAUAUGGGGUAUCCAGAUCUAUAGAUUCCCGUAAUUAUAAAGGUUUUAAAGCAAUAAACCUUAUUUUCAGAUAUAUUCAGAAUUGGUUUGGAUAUAAAAUACAUGGGGAUAAUUUUGUGAUAUCUUUAGAAUCUAUUUUGAACUAUUCUAGAUAUAUAAUUGGAUUUAUUUUCAUUGGAUAUUUUAUAAUACUAACAUUAGAAUCUAUAUUAUGUAUUCAAGCUAGUCAAACAAUUCACAAUAAUCUACUAUACUCAAUUAUAGUUCAUAGUUCUCUCCCAACUAUUUGUGGAAUCCCUAUAGGUCAGAUAAUUAAUAAAUUAGCUACAGAUUUAAUAAUAACAGAUUGGCAUACAAUGAGAUCAAUUGGAAGAGUUAUUUGGGGACUAACAUCUUUCUUAUUAAAUUUUAUAUUUUUAGCUAUCUUAGCUCCUUGGACAAUACCAAUUCUUGUUUUAAUAUUAAUUCUUGUCGCGAAAUUUGCUAUUAUUCCUAUAAUAUUUGCGGCAAGAAAUAUUCAAAGAACUAAUUUCGUAGCUCUCUCACCUAUAUGCUCAAUUAUGGCUUCAACUUGGAUAGGGACUAAAACAAUUGCUAUAUUUAAAAAUCAUAACUACUUUGAAAAUGUAACUUUGGGUAUGUUGGAGUAUAUUCAAAGAAUUAGAUUUAUUCAACACUCAUCACAGAUAUGGUGUAAUGUUAGAAUACAGCUAUUAAUACUUCCUAUAACACUAUUCAACUUUAUAUUUCCUUAUUUUGCUCCCAUGUUAUUGUCUUUUGUAAGAGAAUAUAGAUGGAAAUCUAGUCCUAGCUUCUUUCAAUAUCUAGAUAUCUUAUCUAAUCCUUUAAUAGUUUCCUGGGGAAUUGCUAGAUGUCUAUCCUUAGCUGAAAGUGCAACUUCUUUAUUAAUAGAUUAUGUACAGAUGGAGAAGGAAAUGUGCAGUGUUGAGAGGCUUCUUCAGCUUAAUUUACAAAUAUCUCUAGAAGAUAGCCUUAGAGGAUAUAUAUAUGCUAAAAAUAAUGACUUGGAAAAAGCUCAUCUUAAUAAGUUGGGGGUAUUUACUAAAAAAGAGCAGCUAAAUAUAAAUAAUUCUGAGGUUAAAAAAUAUAAUGAAGAUCCAACUUAUAAGUUUUGUUGUCCUUUAUUAUUAAAUCAAACUUCUUCUAGUAAUAUAGUACUUUCAUUACUUGAUGUAUCAAUUAAUUACAUGAUAUCCAGAGAACUAAAUAAAAUAACUCACAUUGUUGAAAACUGCAAUAUGUAUGUAGGUGUUGGACAAGUUGUUGGAAUUGUUGGAAGGACUGGAUCUGGGAAAUCAUCUUUAUUUAACUCAAUUGUUAAUAUAACUCCUAUAUGUAAUGGUUUAAUUAAACUUAAUGGUAUUUCUAUUCAUAGUAUACCAAGAUAUAUAUUAAGAAAUAAAAUAGGUGUAAUUCCCCAAUCAGUUUGUCUAAUGCCAAAUUCUACAAUUAGAGAUAUCAUUGAUCCUUACUAUGAAUAUGAAGAUGAAAAAAUUUAUGAAGUGAUAAGAAUAUGCUGUUUAGAUAAACUUCUUAUAAAUGAUUCUUUAAGUAUAGAUUUUAAGGUGACUCUUUAUCAAAUAAGUGACAAUGAAAUGACAAAAUUUAUGGCCUUUACCUCAGAUGAUCAAACAUUAACAAUAUCAAAUAUUCUAUUGCAAUAUUUACAUCUAUGUCAUAUUUUAUUAUAUUCUAAAAGGUAUAGUUUAAUUUUGAUAGAUGAAGUUGCUGAUCAUUCGAGUCAAGAAUCUGAGCACUUAGAUAUAAUGAGAAAAGGUUUUGAUGUAUUAGAUAUAAUCUCAAAUUACUGCUCUCACUGUGCGAUUGUUGUUAUUUCUCAUGAUCUUCACGUCAUAAAGAAAUGUAGUCAAUUAUAUGAACUUGAAGAAUCAAGACUUAAGAUACGGAGUUAUGAUGACAUUGUAAGGAAAUUAAAUUAA